UUGAUCGUUUCUUGGUAAAUAUAAACAAUGGUUUCUUCGCACAUUGCUAGUUAACACUUACUCACUAGUAGUUAUUUAUCAGCCGUUAUUAAAAAGAGAACUCGAUUUGAUGGGGAAAUAAUUGAUUGAAUCGAUAAAUGAACCGAUGAAUACGUUAUAAAAAACAUUUAAAGCAUUAUUAUAAUACUAUUUUCAUUUAAAUAAUAUUGUGUUUCAACAUAAGCAUGGCAGAACCUAGAGAUGUCCCAAAACCGGAAGUAGACGAAGAAAAUAAAUGGCGGUAUGUUGGAGAAGUUAAGGAAUUAAACAAGAAAAAAUGCCAUCACGUGCACGCUAAAUCUGGAAAAAAAUAUGAUGUAGCCUUAUUUUGUGACGAAGGAAAAUUCUAUGCGAUAUCAGCAUGGUGUUCGCACAUGGGCGGUCCCUUAUAUCAUGGACAAAUCGAAGACUACAAUGGCAGAUGUCAUGUAAUGUGUCCAUGGCAUUCCUACAUGUUUGAUUUGAAAACUGGUACAAACGACCUUGGAUUACAGCAAGAUAUUUAUGAAAUAAAGUUUGAGAAAGGCCAACUGUAUAUACAGCAUGAUUCUGAACUGUCACUUGGGUCAUAUGUUAUAACAUGUCCAGUGAAAUAAAUGGACCACUAUCACCAAAGGCAACCAGUUCAGGAAUUGAUACAUUCCUAUGGAUAGUAAUAUAAAAAUAUAGCGACACUUAUAGAUUAUUUUUAUAAAUAACAUGUAAAACACUGAG